AUGAAAUGCCACGCUCAGAAGAGCGACAAAAUAGCCGCCAGCAAACCGGCAGCCAGUCGUAGGAAUACUAUUUCUGAAGGUGUCGCCCCUCAAACAGCUCGAAAUGAAUUCGAUAUCAAUUCGCCGGCCGCCGUGGCAAAUGGCCCUCACACUGGUAUCCCCUUGAUGCAAAUUCUCUCGCCGACAAACUAUCAUCCACCUCAAGGAAAUGAGUCUACCCAACCGUCCAGGCACUCUCUGGACCUUUCCACUCCGUUCUUGGACCCUACGACAUCGUCGAACCCUCUCAACCUGGGCAUGUCCAGUACCACUUGGACCGUUCCAUCUCCAAUCAGCACAAUGAACAAGAUGUCUCAACCGCCAGCGCCGCAAAAGCAAUCUCCCUCUCAAAAUAGUGGUGGCAACACGUCGACAUUUGAGACCUCGGUCACUACCCCUGGAAAUCCUGUUCAGACUCCGAGGUCAGAGAUGGCACCCAACCAUUUCGCAGACAAUCACAUCGAAUGGCUUCCUCCGUCAGACCCAGAUCAAAGCAACUUCCAUGAUCCCUUCCAAAUGUGGCUGUUUCCGUCACUUGGCGAUCUGGACCAGUCACCGGACUUUCUUCAGACGUAUGGCCUUACAGACCCUUCGCAGCAAUUCGCCGAUCCCAAAGACUUGACAAGUGGCAGAACAUAUGAGCACGCCGAUCGACUCAAGACCAUCGACAAAGUCCCACGAGAGCGAUUCUCAAGGGUGCAGCGGUGCUGGGGCCCUCGUCCCGGCCGCGUACACCGUAUUAUGCCCAUCCUCUGGAAAGAGGUGGCAUCAUUACACUUGGACAAUAUCUUUUCCGAAUCACCCACAACAGCCGAUGACUUUCGAACCACCUCGAACUGGGGUCUCGAUAUUGACUGCAGAGUUCGAUUACGAGACGCCUUCCGGACCCCGGCACCAUCAGUCUAUCACUCGCCGAAAAUCCCACCCAUUGUCGAUCCAUCUCUUGUGCAGGGCAACGAGGAAUUCCCCCCUGCCGAGAUUCUCGACAUCGCACUCGGCCUCUUCUUCAGACGCUUCCACCCCACAGUACCCUUCAUCCACAUGGCCACGUUCUCCGUGCGCACCACACCUUCCCCCAUGCUCUUUGCCAUGUGCCUCAUCGGCCUGAGCAUCUUGGGCACAACGGGAGCCACCAAGUUCGUGGCCAAGAUGUUUCCGAGUUUUCUUCAGCGCGUAUGCAACGAUCUGUCCGUGUGCGCGGCAACAUCGGCUUCGCCGACCCAACAACUCGUAGUCUUCGCGACGGCGCUGCUCACGCUCAACCUCUCCGUCGUCACGGGCGACCGGGACUCGUUCAACCAGAGUCAAAUGCUGUACGUCAGCUUGAUCUCGAUGGCGCAACAAAACGGCCUAUUUGCCGCGGGAGACGGACAGUCUCUGGACGCACUGUUGUCCGAAAUGUCCGAAUCCGACGACCGGUGGAAGGUGUGGAGCCGGAUCGAGUCGGCCAAACGCCUGAUCCUCGGCCUCCUGCUCGUGGACUCGUGGUACUCGAACCUUCUUUCGAAAGCGCCCAUCAUCAGGUCCGAGUCGGUUUGCGUGGUGGCGCCUUGCGACGAAGCGCUCUUCCAAGCCAAGUCGGCCACGCAAUGGCAGUCCCUGCUGCGAAGCGGCAAGAGCCAGAGCGCGCCGCGGUUCCGGAUCGAGGACCUCCACAAGCACGACAUGCAGCCCACGGCUGGCCAGCUGGGAUAUCUGGGCCGGUCGAGCCUGCUGGCGCUGCUCCAGAUCCAGAUGCUCGAAGCGUACCAACGCCUCAUGCCGCCGGACCAGCUGACCAUCGGCUCCUUUAUCCCUUGGCACGUGUACGCGGGCGACGUGCGCGCCAGGACGCUCAUCCCUGCAGUCCUCGCCUCAGGGGCAGUCGCCGGAGCUGCCGCGGGCCGGUCGUCGUCACCCAACAACAACACCACCACCGACGACACGAACUGCACCGUGCUCUGGCACAGCCUGUGCGUCAUGCUCCUGUCCGACUUCCGCAUGUUCGAGCUCGCGGCCGGCCGCCACGGCGCCGCCCCGGCCACGGGGGCCCUGGAGAGCAUAGGCCAGUGGUCGCAGACGCAGUCGGCGCGGCGGGCGUGCGUGCACGCGGCGCAGAACUUCAGGUUGAUGUCGGAGCGCCGCGUCUCGGACAACGUCACCAUCCACUCGGUCACGGCGCUGUUCGCGUCCGCGCUCGUGCUGGGCCUGUACCUGUUCAUGGUCCAGCCCGGGCCGGCCUCGAGGCAGGGGACCGCCCCCGUCGAGCUCAUCGAGACCGACCCGGACUGGGCCGAGAUGCACGACCUGGGAUUCAGAGACGACUCGCUGGACGGCCACCACGCCGAGCGCAACCUGACCGCGAACCGCGAGGACGAGCAGCACUUCUCCCUCGUGUACCAGUUCGUCAAGCACGGCGGCACCGUCAGCCUCAACGGCGUCGUGCACCAGGGCGGCUACGAGAGUGCGCGCAGGGUCCUUUUGGACUUUGCGAACCUGAUGGACGGCAUUUCCGGAAGGAGGCUCCGGACCUUUACGCAGGUGUUGCAUAUCAUGAGCGACGAUUUGAUGAAUGUGGAUCCCGGCAUGUAG